CCACGAGGGGUUUCCCAUCCACGUUCUUAUUUUACGUUGUACCUUUUGGUCCUGUAAGUUUGUAGUCUAGUGAGCGACUGUCGACAGAACCGUGGCCAGCGAUAACGACGCGUAGAACGACCGACGUUAAAGUAGUACGUUAACAUGUUGCGCCUCGCGACAGAUUGACGCAGCAUUUCGCCGUUCGCAUGAUGAACACGAGUUUCCGAAGGCACUGGACCCUGUGCAACCAAAUCGCGCGACUUGUGAAUCUCGGCAAGGAAGAAAGGAAGGGUCUGUUGCUGCAGGCGCCGUGCGAAGGCACGAAGUAGGUACGAAGAGGCCCCAGCGGUCGAUUCUCUCGUGCCUUUCAGCCAUUUUCAAUUCUUAUCCUUCGGUUUGGCCUGGCCUUGCCUGGCCGGUGAAGGGACGGCAAGAGGAACACUGUGGAACGGAAUGGAAAGUGAAGAAAGCCAAUUCAGGCUCUCCAUCGCUGAACGGUUUUGGUGAGCGGGCCUGGAUCGGUAACAGCUGCACGUAGGGAAGACUGUCUUUUGGAAGAACUUCACUUGAAGAACCUGUUGACUGAAUUUAGUCCUCGAGGAGUUGUCGAUCGAAGAUCUGGAAAAAUGAAUGCGGAUAACCGGAAGGGGGAGCUGGCAGAGCUCAAGGGCCAACUUCGGCAGCUGGCUGGAAGCCGCGCUCCUGGCGUCGAGGAUUUGAAGCGGGAGCUUUACAAGAAAGUGAUAUCUUAUUUGACCGUAGGGAUCGAUGUAUCGUCAUUGUUUAGUGAGAUGGUUAUGUGCUCCGCCACCUCAGAUCUGGUCCUGAAGAAAAUGUGCUACUUGUAUGUGGGAAACUAUGCCCGCGGAUAUCCCGAAUUGGCUUUACUGACUAUCAAUUUUCUACAAAAGGAUUGUCAAGACGAUGAUCCCAUGAUUCGUGGUCUGGCUCUCAGAAGUCUCUGCUCACUCAGAGUGAAAAACUUGGUGGAGUAUCUGGUCGGUCCGUUGCAACGGGGUUUAAAGGACAGCAAUGGAUAUGUGAGAUCAGUCGCAGCUAUCGGUGUCCUGAAGCUGUAUCACAUUGCCCCUUCAUCUUGCACUGAUAAUGAUUUUCCAGUGACACUGAAGGCCUUACUUCUACACGACUCCGAUCCUCAGGUUGUGGCAAAUUGCCUCUGUUCGCUUCUAGAAAUUCUGUCCAUCGAAGGUAACGUUUCCGAAGCAGCCUUGAGAGAGAAAGAAUCGCUUCUGCAUCGAAAUGUCAUACUAUCGCUUCUGAACAGGUUCAAGGAGUUCAGCGAAUGGGCACAAUGUCUCGUACUCGAAGUGGUUUCUAAGUACGUCCCUGAAGAUGCUCAAGAGACCCACGAUAUGAUGGAUGUGCUGGACGACAGGUUACAACAUGCAAACAGUGCCGUAGUGCUUGCUACUAUCAAAGUUUUCUUGCAUCUGACCAUGUCUAUGGCCGAUGUUCAUCAGAAGGUCUAUGAACGCAUCAAGGCUCCUUUGCUCACUCUUGUCAGCUCAGGAAGUGCGGAGCAGUCUUACGCCGUUCUAAGUCAUCUACAUCUCCUUGUGAUGAGAGCUCCCAUGCUUUUUGCUUCAGACUACAAACACUUUUAUUGCCGAUACAGCGAUCCAUCUUAUGUGAAGAAACUGAAGCUGGAGAUGUUGACAGCUGUGGCCAAUGAAAGUAACACUUAUGAAAUUGUGACGGAGCUGAGCGAGUAUGCUGCAAACGUUGACGUGGCAAUUGCGCGUGAGUCUAUCCGAGCUGUAGGAAAGAUUGCUUUGCAACAAUACGAUGUAAAUGCAAUCGUAGAUCGUCUCCUACAGUUUCUCGAGAUGGAGAAGGAUUAUGUGACAGCCGAAACUCUGGUUCUUGUGAAAGACUUGCUGCGGAAGUAUCCCCAGUGGAGCCACGACUGUAUUGCUGUGGUUGGUAACGUCAGCAGCAAGAGCGUUACAGAGCCGAAAGCCAAAGCAGCCCUGGUGUGGAUGCUAGGAGAGUAUGCAUACGACAUGAGUGAUGCUCCUUAUGUCCUCGAGGGUUUUGUUCAGAGUUGGGCUGAAGAAGAUUUUGCGGAGGUGCGUUUGGAGUUGUUAACUGCUGUUGCGAAGUGUUUCUUUAAAAGGCCCCCAGAGACCGUACAGAUUUUGGGGGCAGCUCUUUCCUUUGGUUUCGCAGAUGCAAAUCAGGACGUCCACGACAGGGCAUUACUAUACUACAGACUGCUGCAGCAUAGUGUGGAAGUGGCAGAGCGUGUUAUCAAUCCGCCUAAACAGGCCGUCUCUGUCUUCGCUGGCGAUCAAAGCAGUGAGAUCAAAGACCGAAUCUUUGAUGAGUUCAACAGUUUGGCAGUAGUGUAUCGCCAGCCGUCGUACAUGUUUCUCGACAAGGACCAACGAAGUCCGUUCGCGUUUUCUGAAGAUACUGGAUCAUCUAUAAUUGGACCUCAGUCUCCUGGCCGGGAAGAUCUUCCAAGUGACAUCGACGCAAGGGAUAAUGACCUACUUCUUAGUGCGCAUGAGAAGGAAGAUAGUCGGGCUGUAAGUAAUGGGUCUCACGGUUACAGUUCUUCAAAAUUCCAUACCUUACAAGAGUUCACAGAUUCUGCGUUUGCGCCUCGUUCUCCAUCGCCCACGCAACCAAUACGGAAUGCUCGCGCUACCCCCUUGCCUCCAGCUGCCGUGUCAAGCACUGCUGCCUCACCUCUUCUUGCAGUGGACGAUUUACUUGGGCUGGGACCGAGUGCUUCAGCUGAGCCUUUCCCUCCACUAAAACUGAACCCCAAGCCUGUACUGGAUCCAGCUUCGUUCAAGCGCAAGUGGGGACAGUUGACAGUAGCAUUGACUUUGGAGUACACGUUCCCUGCUCAAGCCAUGGUGGGGUUGACUGGGCCACAACCUUUAGUGCGGCACAUGCAAACGAACUCGGUGCAAUGUAUGGCAUCAGGAAACGCUCCUCUCAAGUUUUUCUUCUUUGCACAGCUAGCUGACGCACCAGCCAAUACAGGUUUCUUUCUGGUUGAGUUGGUAGUAACCACAUCAUCUGGUCUUGCAAGCGCAAAAAUCAAAGCUGAUGAUUCGAGCUUGGCUCCGGCUUUUGCUGAUUCUUUGCAAUCAGCUCUGAGUAAGUUUGGUUCUUUGUAGCUAAGGGAAUACAAGCGAUUCAGAAGAUUGCCCACAAACGUUCGUUAGAUUCUCUGUAGUACGAUGCCCACUGAAGGUUCUCUUUUUGUUCCUCUUCUGAAGCGAAAGGAUUGAGCAUCUACAGCGUUGUGAAGUUUACACCAGACCCCCUUAGUGGAAGCUGGAAAUUGUAGUUCCCGAGGGUUUGAGGAAGUGGAUGAAGAUAAUGGCUGCAUGCUCACUCGUUUCUUUGAGCGGUGCAUGUAAGAUAACCAAUUUAUUAAGCUCGUCAAGUCGUCAAAGAGAAGGAAUUGAGUGUGAACGUCUUCCAUUGCCGUUGCUGAGGUAGUGGGCUACCAUAAAUGGCUUCAUGUCCUCCACCCGCCUGUACAUAGCUGACCCUAGAAAUGCACAAUUGCUUACUGGUCCCUGUAACAUAAACCCCGAGAAUCGAAUGUUUUCAUGCUAUGUCCAACAUGUCCACUCCGUAGCGAAGCACGAUUGA